AUGCAGCUCUUCAAGAAAGCAAAGCUGGUUUUCCUCACGCUGGCCGUAUCUGCUGGUGCUUCGCAGGUCCUGGUCAACAAUUACUGCUUGGAAAAGCACUGGAUUACAGAAAUCAAUGGCACUUGGAACAGCAACGGUACCUGGGCCCUCAAUUCUGGAGUCGCCUACAUCACCGAGAUUGUGGGCAAGGGCAGCACCCCAAAACUCAUCCUGGGCUACUCAACCGUCGACGGAGAGCUGUGGUGGUCGGUCAGCUCUUAUGACGGCCAGCCUUAUCCUCCCAAACACUUCAAUGUCACGUCGCCGAAUGACGAUUCGGAAAAUUCUUGUGGUGAGGCGGUGGGGUAUGAGGCGAAGAAUCAUAAUUGUAAGGAUGGGAAGGUUACUUUGACGCUUAACCUCUGUGCGGAGACGGGGUGA